CUUGAAGAUGAGCUGUCCUCCGGGGAAUCCGAAGAGAAAGAGUCUCCUUCGUCUGAAGAAUUGGAGUGUAAGAUCUGUUACCAGCGCUACAAUGUCCACAAUCGCAAGCCUAAGAUCUUGGACUGCCUGCACCGCGUGUGUGGCCGCUGUGUCAUUAAAAUCCUGGACAAUGCUGACGUGGCAGGCUCAGUCCCCUGCCCAUUUUGCCGUCACCAGACCGAGAUCACAGAGUACGAGGUGUCAGCGCUCCCAGACGACGCUAACAUCAUGUCCCACUUAGCCUGUAGAGAUAGAUCCGCCAGCUCUGAUCUCAACAGGGAAGUAGUCCUGACCCCAAAGAGCUUCUCCUCCUCCAGUCCAUCUCAAGAGUCAUCCAACUGUCUGGUCAUCACAAUUAUGGAGGUGCCCAGAAACUCCAGAUCUCCAAGUCGCAAUGAAAGCUCCGAUGUUUACGCCGAACAAAGUUUGGACUCGCUUUCAAUUGGGUCUAAUGGGACAGCCGAACAGGAUGCUUUGUCAAAGUUGUGUAAUCACGUACCGCGUAUACUCGUCUGGCUGCUGGGGUUCUUGUAUUUUGGAUCAUUGCCAUUAGGGAUUUAUUUAUUGGUGAUUCAGAGAGUAACACUGGGCAUCGUGUGUGUGAGCCUGGUGCCCUCAAGCCUUACUGUAUGUCUAGUCUAUGGCUUCUGUCAGUGUCUAUGUCAAGGCAUGUGCGAUUGCUCUUCUAGAAGUCAAUAA